GCAGAUUUAAUAUCGAGUGUAAUUCUUGCUGGUUUUAUUACAUAUUUAGUGUUUUAUCUUUUUUUUUGGAAAAAAAAUGGACCUAAAAAAGUCGUGAAAAAGAUACGGGGAAAGCCAAAUCAACCGAUUGAGUGCAAUAUAACAGAGUUGAACCUUCCCGUUCUCUCGGGAUGGCCUCUAUACUUAAUGAAAUGUAUCUUUAAAUGGAGAAUUACUCAGUUCCUAAAAAACAUUAUUAUCAAAGAAGCUGUUAGAGAUGGCAAUAUAGGCUUUCUACAACAGAUAUCAAUUCCUGAUCCUCCUACACUUAUUCCUCAAAUCUCUCCCAGCAAAGAGCAGCAAUUGCACCAACGAUCAGAUCUUGCAUCUCUUUUAAAGAAACCGUCAAAUGUUAAAGGCUUUCAAUUUUUGUCCAUUUCUGAUUUGGUUGAAGCAUAUAGAAACGGAAAAACAUCACCACUGCAAGUGACAGAGAAUGCUUUGGAGGCGAUUGAACAGUCUGAAAAACAGAACUUUGAAUUAAAAGCAUUUGUUCAAUUUAACAAGACUGAUGCUUUGCAGAUGGCACAAGAAUCUACAAAACGAUAUGCUGAGGGCAAGACUUUGUCAGUAAUUGAUGGUAUUCCUGUUGGCAUUAAAGGGGAAUAUGCAGUGGCAGGCUAUCAUAGGCGAUGUGGUACAGUAUUUAUGGGGCAAGAAGCUGAAGAAAAGGAUUGUAAUCUUGUUGCUAAACUACGUAGUCUUGGUGCUGUGAUCAUUGGAAUGACCAACAUGCACGAGUUAGGUUUGGGAACGACCGGUGUUAAUCCCAACAGUUACCAUGGUAUCUCACGUAAUCCUUAUGAUCUCAACUAUUUUACUGGAGGAAGCUCGGGUGGUUCAGCCGCGGCUGUUGCCGCAGGUUUAUGUCCAGUUGCUAUUGGUAAAGACGGUGGUGGGUCUAUUCGUCUUCCAUCCACACUCUGUGGUAUAGUUGGAAUUAAACCAACAUUUGGUCGUGUAACAUUGCAGACCUCUCGCUAUGGUAGUUAUAGUGUCUCACAUGCUGGUCCCAUGUGUAAUAACGUGCGAGACACAGCGAUCAUGUACGCUCUACUUUCCGGCCGCGAUCCAGAAUAUCCUGCAGGUAUGAUUCAACCAGAACAUGCAACUUUGGAAGGAUUUGAAAACUUGGAUUUGUCCGACUUGACCGUGGGAGUUGACUGGGAUUUUGCACAGUUUGCGGACGACGAGAUCAUUGAGCAUUUUAAGAAAGCCGUCGAGUUCCUGAAGAGCAGAGGAGCCAAUAUCGUGUCAGUUCAAAUCCCAGAGUUAGAAGAGAGUCGCAUUGCGCAUAUUCUGACAAUUGGUUGUGAGAUUACUCAUGCUGUAGAUAAUGAAUAUCCGAAUGAUAUCGAGAAAUUGAACCCGGACACAUUUCUUCUGGCUUCUAUAGGGAGGCACUCACACCCAUUUGAUUUUUAUCAGUGCCAGAAACAACGUACUCGCGCUAUAGAGUUUCUGAAGACAAUAUUUCAAAACGUCGAUUGUAUUCUAACACCCGGUUCAGCUUGUUGUGCAAAGAAGAUUCCUAGCAAUGCAAAGGGAUAUGGGUUGAGCGAUGUAAGCCUCACCAUGAAAUAUGUCAGAUUCCACUUCUUGGGUAAUCUGACUGGCGUACCAGGGGUUGUUGUACCAGUCGGGUAUGAUGACCAAGGUCUACCGAUAGGAGUUCAGGUUAUGACGUCAUGGUGGGAGGAGCAUGUCGCGUUGCGUGUCGCUCAUUGCCUCGAGGGACUGGUAGAGAGAAAAGAACCAAAAGUUUAUUUUGAUAUUUUGAACAAGAAGGGAUCUUAGCUUAUGGAAAUAUAUUGAAAUCCAGCAAGACUGAUUUGCUUUGCUUGACAAUAAAUAUCAAAUACAAAUAUCAAAUAGUUGACCUUUUACUUGUUCAAUGUGAUAGUUUUCAUAUGA